ACUCUAGGUCACAUUUGGAAAUCCAGUACAAGAAUAUAAAUAUCAGCCAGCUCAGGUUAAACGACAAGUUGACUCUCAGCUCAUCCUCACCAUUCUCCUCAUCCUCAUUACGGUCUAGACAUGCCUCCACAUGCCACUUCAUUCCCUUCUCUUGGGCCAUCAAAACUAUCUAUCAAGACGAAGCAGCAUUGUCUCAAUGUAAAGCAAUUGAUGGGCCAGGAAUCUGGUAUCAUAUAUUUACGAGGUGCCUUGAAUAUCUUGCGGGAUGAUACCGAUGUGGAAAUAAAAUUUAGGCAAGAAAGCAACUUUUUCUACUUGACUGGUGUCAAUGAACCGGAUUUUCAGUUUGUCUUUGACUUUGCCAGUCAUGUCAGUUAUCUGAUCGCACCUUUUAUUCCCGAGACGGAAAGAAUGUGGAAAGGUGAACCUGACUCGGUGGAAGAGAUGCUGCAAAAGUAUGAUGUGGAUCAAAUCGUGUAUGAUGAUGACUUGGCUCGUCUGAUAGAAGCUAUCAAUCCCUCGAGUGUGUUUGUGUUGGAUACCACGGAUACCACCCCAAUUUCUAAAGUGGUUCCUAUGGACAAGAUCGACAUCUGUAUGCUCAAACCUGCCAUGUACGAGUCUCGUUUGCUCAAGUUUCCGUGGGAGAUUCAGUUGAUUAGGAAGGUAACCCAUUUGUCAUCUCAUGCGCAUAUCACUUUAAUGCGAGAGGUGCAAUUUGGAAAGAACGAAUCGGAACUGCAGGCUCUGUUUGAAUGGGAAUGUGCAAGAAAUGGCGCUAGCUAUCAAAGCUAUCUGCCCAUCGUUGCUUCUGGAAAACAUGCCGCAACAUUACACUAUACCCAUAACAACAAGUGGCUUAAUCGAAAGGAUAACUCGGAUAUGCUUCUCUUAGUGGAUGCGGGCGGUGAAAAAAAUUGCUAUGGAACGGACAUUACAAGGACCUAUCCCGUCAGCGGAAAAUUCUCUGCGGAGGCAAAAACCAUAUAUAAUAUUGUCUUGAAGAUGCAACAGGCGGUGUUGGAUCGACUGAGGCCAGGAACGUUGUGGACGGAAAUGCAAAAUCUUGUCAUUCGUAUUUUGUGUCAAGAACUUAUUCGGAUUGGAAUUCUGGUUGGCGAUCAAGAAGAAAUAUUGAAGCUUGGCCUUACAAGAGCUUUUUACUUUCACGGACUUGGUCAUAGUGUCGGUUUAGAUGUCCAUGAUGUCGGAGGCCGAAAAGCAGGAGUUUUUAACUGUUUGGGAGAUGAAGAAGACAAUGUCGCUCGAAGUCACUUUCUUCUGGAUCGACCAUUAGAGGCUAAUAUGAUCAUUACAGUGGAACCUGGACUUUACUUUAACGACGUUAGUCUGAAAGCUUGGACUGGUUUCCCCGAACUUCAAAAGUAUUUUAAUCUCGAAUUGCUUCAAAAGUAUCGCAAAGUUGGAGGCGUUCGCAUUGAGGAUACCGUGCUCAUAACUGAAAACGGCUAUGAAAACUUGACUAUUGCUCCAAAGACGGUUGAUGACAUUGAAGCGUUGAUGGCUGCCACUCAUCCUCGUAACUAAAUACCACACAACUCGUCUUUCACCCCAGAUAAAAUAUAACCACCCACCCUUUCCAGUAGAACUCACAUCUCUUUCAAAGAAAAGAUCAC